CAACGAUAAGCUCAGGUAUCGACUAAUCGAUAGCUCUAUUGUCCACUGCUUAGAGUUGCCAGCCGCUUGGAAUUGCGACGGACAAGCGAAUAAAGAACAAAUGUGUGUGAAAAAAUGUUGCUUUAAAUUGGCAAUUAUUGUUGAGUGUGUUAAUUUGAUACGUGCAACAUAAACGUUGCAGCAACGCAGGUUUAAUUAUAAGCAUAUGCUAAGCCAGCUGUGCGUGUGGUGAAACAACAGCCAGCAGCAGCAACAUGUCUUCCAAUACAAAUAGUCAUGGCGAGCUAAAGAAAUUGUCGGAGGAGUCACUCUUGCAGCCGCCGGAAAAAGUGUUUGACAUUAUGUACAAGCUGGGCGAGGGCAGCUAUGGGUCGGUGUUUAAGGCGUUGCACAAGGAAAGCAGCUCCAUUGUGGCCAUUAAGCUGGUGCCUGUGGAGUCAGAUCUGCACGAGAUCAUCAAGGAGAUAUCGAUUAUGCAACAAUGUGAUUCUCCCUAUGUGGUGCGCUACUAUGGCUCCUACUUCAAGCAGUAUGAUCUAUGGAUAUGCAUGGAGUACUGUGGAGCCGGCAGUGUCUCAGACAUUAUGCGUCUGCGUAAGAAAACGCUCACGGAGGACGAGAUCGCCACCAUACUGUCGGACACACUCAAGGGCCUUGUUUAUUUACAUUUGCGCCGCAAAAUCCAUCGCGACAUCAAGGCUGCAAAUAUACUGCUCAACACGGAGGGAUUCGCGAAGCUGGCAGACUUUGGCGUUGCCGGUCAGCUGACGGACACAAUGGCCAAACGCAAUACAGUCAUUGGCACACCCUACUGGAUGGCGCCUGAGGUCAUUGAGGAGAUUGGCUACGAUUGUGUUGCAGACAUUUGGUCGUUGGGCAUCACUGCGCUGGAGAUGGCAGAGGGCAAGCCACCAUAUGGCGAUAUUCAUCCCAUGCGUGCCAUAUUUAUGAUACCACAAAAGCCGCCACCCUCGUUUCGUGAGCCAGAUCGCUGGAGCACCGAGUUCAUUGACUUUGUUAGCAAAUGUCUGGUCAAGGAUCCCAAUGAGCGUGCCACUGCAACAGAUUUGCUGGAUCAUGAGUUUAUACGCAAUGCCAAGCAUCGCAGCAUACUGAAGCCUAUGCUGGAGGAAACCUGUGCCAUUCGCGAGCAUCAGCGUGCCAAUCGUGCCGCUGAUAUGGCUCUUAACCAGGCCAAGCUACUGGCCACGCAGGAUCCCAGCCUUAUGCUACAGGAGGAGGAGACUGAUUUCAAUGCGGGUACCGAUAAAACCUUCUUUGAGGACCCUGGAACUUUAGUGCCGGAGAAAUUUAAUGAAUAUCAACAGACUUCUGCUUCGGAUGCCACUAUGAUAGCACAUCCAGAACAGGAGAUAGACGAAGGCACGCUUGGACCAGGCGGCUUACGCCCAAAUAUGGCCAAGGCGGCUGCUAAAGCAGCGGCAGUGCCAGCAGAUGUUGCCGCUGUGGAUAGUGGCACCAUGGUGGAGCUAGAGUCCAAUUUGGGCACUAUGGUUAUCAAUUCGGAUUCGGAUGACUCUACCACUGCGAAGCGCUCGGAGGAUCAGAAGCCGCGCAAUCGUUAUCGUCCACAGUUCCUGGAUCAUUUCGAGCGUAAAAACGCUAGCGAAACGCGUGCUGAUGAUAAAAGCGUUAGCACGCCCACAGAAUAUUCGCCAGCGGCAGCAGAGCAGCAGUUACUGCAACAACAACAGCAGCAGCAGCAACAACAACAACAGCAGGCACAGCUUUUGGAGCAGCCACAGCAUGAUGCCAACUGGGAGCAAAAUAUGGAAUUGCAUUUUCAACAAAUCUCAGCCAUCAAUCAGUAUGGUCUACAGCAGCAUCAGCUACAACAACAGCAGCAGCAGCAGCAACAACAACAACAACCGCAUUUGCUUGUGUCGCAUGCGCUAAUGAACGAGCAGCUGGUUGCGCUUAAUAAUCAGCAGAACCUACUGCGCAACAAUGCUACACCACAGCAACAACAACAGCAACAGCAGCAGCAGCCAUCUGCGCCACCCGCAUAUCAACAUCAACAUUUGCACACACAGUCGCAUCCGUUUGUCGAGGGUGAAUUUGAGUUUCUCAAAUUUCUUACCUUUGAUGAUUUGAACCAGCGUCUGAGCAAUAUUGACCACGAAAUGGAGCUGGAGAUUGAGCAGUUGAACAAGAAAUAUAAUGCUAAGCGUCAGCCCAUUGUGGAUGCCAUGAAUGCGAAACGCAAGCGUCAACAGAAUAUUAACAACAAUCUAAUUAAAAUAUAGACUAGCCCCAUGUAGUUUUUGACUAUAAACAAGUGAAACGAGAACCGAAAAGCUUUAUUGUAAAAUGCACUGAGAAUUUAGCAUUAACCCUCUUAACCCCUAACAUAUUCUAAAUGCACGCGUUUUCGUUUCAUUUGCUCAAGUAACUCAAAUAAUUUUAAAACAAAAAUCUAUAUCUCAAACCUAAGACUAAAUUUGGUGCGUUCUUCCUUGUUAAUUUUAAAACUCUUACAAAAUGUUUUGUGUUUAAUACUGAUUUUUUUAUAACAAAGUUUCAUUUAAGUGCAACUGAACAACAAGAAUAAUCAUAAACACAUAGGAAACCUGCAAGCAAUAAAUAGAUAUAAAUGAAAAGAAUUUUUAUACGGCAUUGGCAUAU